UCUUAUUUUCCGCCGACCAGUGGGUUCUAUAAAUUGGGCACCCAGGUCGGUUAGGGCAUCAGUUUCAUUUUGAGCCGCCAAACUGAAAAUGCUUUCGAAAUCGCAACUAUUAGUGCUCGUCGUCGGGUUCUGUCUGAAUGCAGCCGUUUCGGGUGACGUGGACUGCAGCAAGCGGCCACCGUUUGUGAGUCCCAAGACCUGCUGUCCCAUGCCCGAAUUUGUGACUGCCGAGCUGAAGCAGAAGUGCGCAACUUUUGAUGUGACUCCGCCACCACCAGCGGAUGGGGAAGCUAGCGGAUCCUUUGAAGGCAGACGUCGCCAUCAUCAUCCUCAUCCGCCACCUUGCUUCUUCUCUUGCAUCUUCAACGAAACUGGUAUUUAUCAGAACCAAAAACUGGAUCAAGACAAGCUGAAGAGCUAUCUGCAGGUGGUGUUCAAGGACAGUUCCGAUCUGCAGACCACAGCCACACAGGCCUUCACCACCUGUGCCACCAAAGUUGUUGAGUUCGAGGCCAAUUUGCCUGCUCGUCCCGCUCCCUCACCACCACCUGGAAUGCCCAUCUGUCCUCAUGAUGCUGGUCAUCUAAUGGGUUGUGUGUUCCGUAAUCUCAUGAAGAAUUGCCCGGACUCGAUCCGUAAUGAUUCUCAAGAGUGCAACGACAUGAAGGAGUUCUUCACCAAGUGCAAGCCCCCACGUGGACCUCCCCCUUCCGCCGAAGAGAUGUAAGGCAAGCAUGGAACCCUUCCUGUCUGAUAAACCAAAAUGGAUAUAAAAAUACCUCCCCCAACUAGAACAUUCAAUAUUUUUUCAAUUUAAAGCAAUAAACAUUUUUAGCUCAA